AUGCCAAGCUCUAUCAUUAACAAAUCACAGAUCAUCCCAACCCCGUCUACUUUGGAAGACUUCGAGUCGCGCGAAUUUUCGUCUGACAAUACUGUAUAUUCGUCAUUCGCCUAUCUUAUCGGCGUCAUUCGAGCCAUUGCCGAGACAACAACGUUUGUUCCAGCUCAUAUUGAUGGGGCCCCAAACAUGGAAGCAGUGGACGCCGUUGAUGCCGCUGUUGAUGGAUGGCUGCUUCUGUUACCGGACUGUAAGCGAUCCGUCAUGGGCAGCGGCGGCGCAAUUGAUGAACUCAUGUUUUAUGCAAACAUGUCGAUUAACGCUGCCCUGGUAGGGUUUCACCGACCAUUUUCAGAGAUCUUGUUCGAUCCUCUAGAGAGCUUGUCUAGUUGCGCGUCUAGAGCCCAUACCAGCAACCUGCCUGAUGAUUUAAAGUCGAUCCAUACUACGCGAUGCUUGGCUUCGAUACAAUCGCAAAUCAAGCUAUUGACGCUUCCGAAGCGUCCCUUUUGUCAUAGCCCGUUUGUCAGCUGCAUGGUGGUGACUGGGAUGCUGCCCUACCUCUCAGCCUGCAGGUGUUUGUUGACGGGUAAGGAGCUAGCUGUGGCGCGACAACAAAUCCGGCUCGGCAUUGGAUGCCUCAGAGCUUUGGGUAGCAUUUGGACCAGAGGCGCCAAGACUGUCGAAGAAAUCCAGGCAAUUGCAAGGGAAAUACUCGGUCUUGGUGCAAAAGGAUCAGCGACAAGCCGCGGGUUGAGCAACGCAGUUGGCGUAGACAAUGAGACAAUAAGCGAGUCUGGAAAUUCGGGACAGCUGCUACCAGACAUCGACUACGGGCUCUCGCCGUCAUGGAUGCUUGUGAAUCAGCAGCUGGAGCUAGACACUUGGUUUACCAGCUACUAUCCCGCCGAAUGA